AUGUAAUAGCAAUGUGAAUGCAAAAUUGAGGGUAACAUGAAUGUUUAAAUCAUUGGAAUAUGCUUGAAUAGAGAUUGUUCUGAAGAAUGGUUUUGUCAAAAUUGUGUUAAAAAUCAUGAUGGCCAUGAAAAGGAUCUUCAGAGUGGGGAUUAAAUGGAUCAACUACUUUAAUAAUAUAAUUCAGCUGAAUAUCAAAAGUUUUUAGAAGCUGAUGAAAAAUUUCAGAAGCUAUAAGAAUAUUACAAUAGAGUCUUGUAAGGGAAUCAAAAUGAUGUUAAAAUGUUGGAUAAUCUACAAUAAUUUAUUAUGGAAGAGAAUUAUUAAGGUAUUAACAAAUAUUUGGAUUAAUUCAAAGAGUAUAAAUAACAGAUAGAUAAUAACAAACCAGGUAAUGCUGUUACAUAGUAAUUUUAGCUCAAAUAUUUAAGGUAUUGGAGAGUCAUUUAAAUCAUUUAAAAAAAUUAGACUUUUCAGAUUUAUUUGAGGAUGAGGCCACCCGAAAAAAAAAAGAAAAAAUAAAAGAAAUUCUUGCUUAAGGUAUAAGAUUUUGCUGAUUUCUGUUAGCAAAAUAGUUAUUUGACACUCAAAAUUUUAAUGAGGCAUUAUAAAUUUUGGAACAUUCUAUGGAAAUAGAUAAUGAAUGCAUAGAACCACUACUUCUCAAAAACUUUAAUUUAAUUAGAAUUAUUUGAAAAUUCCAUCAAUCAUUGCAAUUAAUUAAUUAAAAUAAAUAGAUAAAAUUUUGAGGUCUCCUUUUUGAAGAGUAUUGCAUUGCUUUUAAUUCCAAAUUAUGAUGAGUUUGAAGAGGAACUUUAAAUUGCUCAUAAAAAUUCCCCUUAUAGAUUUUACUGCUUGAUACUCAAUUUAAUUGAAGAGCUAGAAGAAAACUGCACUGUAGUUAAAGAUUUCAUUUAGUCAUUAAAUUUUGAUUUAAAGAAAUAACUACAAUCUUUAAUAAUAAACAAUGAAAUCCCAUCUUAAACUUUAAAAUAAUAAAUGUCAAUCAUAAUUCAAAUCAUUAAGUUAGUUGAUAAAAUUGAUUUAGAAAAAGCCCUAUUUUAGUUUAACUAAAGUAACCUUCCUAUUUGA